AUGGCCGUUCUCGCACCACAAGAUUGGCACCCACCUCGCGAUCAUACAACAAUGGAUUCACGUCCUCAACCAAACGAGCAACAGUCUAACAUACCCAUCCAACCUUAUCCAUACCCAGUUCAACAGCCUCAUGGCACUUGGACUCCAAGUCCAAAUGCUCAACCCUUUUACCCUUCUUACUACCAACAACAACAACAGCAACAACAACAGCAACAGCAACAGCAACAACAACCUCAUCAAAAUCCUUAUUUCGAUCCUCAGGCAAAUGCUCAACUUGCUCAGUGGGCAUAUCAGCAGAUGAUGUAUUCUCAACAACAACAACAUCCUCGUCCUGAUUACUUUAACCCAACCCAAUUAUUCUCCCCUUUUCCAAGUGGAACUCCCCCUCCUCAUGCUCAUCAUCAGAGUUACCCCCCUCCUCAAGUACAACGUUCAGUAUCAUCAGAUGCAGCUCAAUAUAAUGGCUUUCAUCCAUAUCGCCGUCCAAAUAAUACCCGUCCUCAAGAACAUCAGGAAUGGCGUGCCCAACCUCCUUAUGCACGCGGUGAAGCUUCCGCUUCUACAACUUCUGUUAAUUCUUCUUCCUCUCACGGCGGAGCACCACGCCAACGGACAACAAGCCAGGGUCAAGUUCCAUCUCGUCCAAGGAUCCCAACAACAACAACAGCAACAGAAAAUCCACGUCAACGUACAGGAAGCAAUUCAUCAUCCACUAACAACCGUCCACACAACCGCACCCCAUCUACCUCCUCUACAAACUCAUCAUCAACUCCACGCCCUUCCCUAUCUAAUCCUCCAUCUAGGUCUUCCACGUCAACAGCUACAACUCCCCAAUCCGCUUCUUCUUCCCAUGCUCGUCCAGUCCGGCCCUCCCCGCUAAGUCAAGGCACAUACACUGCUGCGGAAAAGCGCAUGUCACGUGAUGACUCCGAUCUCGCAGCUAUCCUCGAAGGUACUUCCAUCGGUGCAAAAACAGGUGGCAUCAAAGGCAGACUCCGUCGUGCACUCAGUCUCAAUGCCGCUCAAGCCUUGCAAGAAGAGGAAGAACAACCCUCUGCCGGUGCAAGCACAACAAAAACCACUCCAACAACCCUCCCUGACCCUGACGCCGCCAGCACCGCCACAGUUCAGACCAAGAAAAAAGGUCGUGCAGCAUCCUUGUUCAACUCCCGCCUCAACGCGAGCACAGACAACAUCUCUCUUUCAUCUACGAUGUCCUCUGCUUCCGUCGUCAUCCGUAAGAUCGGCUCAAUUGGAAAGCUCGCGAGGCGGAACAGCCUGGCAGGAAUAACUUCCCUGUUCAAAGACAAGAACAAGUCUUCUGAAGGCACUGAUGAUAACGGCAAGAAGAAAAAGAAAAAAGAAAAGGACGCAAAAGGCGAUCUCGUAGCUCCUGCUCUUUCCCACGCUGUUGCUGAGCUCGAUCGUGGCGAUUGGAGCAGUCCAGAGAUGAGUGGAUUGAGUCCUGCUGCUAAACUUGCCCGCCAGCAUACACUCAAGAGUAAUGCCGAGGCUGCUGCUGCAGCAAAGGUACGCGUCGAGCCCGUCCAGCCUCAGCCGAAUGGGAUCCAUGUUCCUGCUGCGUGGGAGAAGAAUACUGCUACAAGGACCGGCGAAUCGAGUGCCAGGGUCAAUGAGGAUGGGACGAGGGUCUUGGUCGAGGAGGAGGAUGAGAGUGAUGAUGGACAUGCCUAUCCUGCUGCACAGAAUUUUAUAUCGGAAGGCUGGGAUGACGAUGAAGUCUGGGAUGAGGAUGGGGAGGAGGACCUUACUAUUCGUGUAGCGGGCGAAGACGAGGAGGUCGUCGCUUGGGCGACCAAUAUCAGGCGUAGCGUCGAGCGUCAAAGAACGCCUGCAAAGGGCAUCCUUAAAGGUGCUGAUAAUUACUCGCAAGAGGUGUAUAAUGGUGAGACCGUGGUGAACCCUGCUAUUCGCAUACGCUCGAAUUCAUAUAAUUCGCAUCCGGCGCAAUCAUCCGAGCUGGGUCCACUCGCUCGCAUACCCUCUCCCGAUCCAGACCAUAUCGAUGGCCUGCACCGACACGCCUCGCAUUCAAGCAACGCACCCGCAGGAGAGAAAGAAAGGAGCAUAUUUACCCUCUCCAACUCAUCCGCCCCAGCCCUAUCAACGAUCCCUACGACCCCACCAACGCUGACCCACCGCUCAGCGACGACGCCUGCCAAAAGGCUCGUGUUUGCAAAUAAUCUGUCAGUUUAUGAUACGUUUUCGUCGGCUGUUUAUGAUCGUCGCAGCGAGCCUGCGACGUGGAGUCGAUUGACGCCUGCGUUGGCGCAGCGCAUUAAAGAGGAGCUCAAUUCGUACAAGAUGGAGGAGAUGGAAGUGCAUGCUUGUAGUCGGAUGCAUACCCAAUUUUUUAUCUGA